UGUCUCAACAAACUGCAUUGAAGGAAUACGAAGAUAUCUUGGGUAUGCCAAACAAUCCGCGAUCAAGAAAAAAUAAAAGUCCGCAGCAUAACAUGAGCAUAGGUGUUCAGCAAUCAUCUAAUACGGAUUCUAACAAUGGAGUUACUGGCCAGGGAAACGAAUUGGUGGAUAAACUUCGUGAAUGCAAUGUAGCAAAAACUGCACCAGUUACUGGAAGCACGACAGUACCUGUAAAUGGCGCUGAUUUUAAAAAUAGUCGGGAUUCCUUUCCCUCUCCUGUACUUGGAACUAUACAUCCGACGGCUAGCGUGGAUAAUGCUCAUUUAAAGUCCCUUUUGGGGAGCAGCAACGGUGUUUCAGUAAAAUCAGAAGUAAGUGCCAGCUCUCCUAAUAGUAACGGCCAGUUGCUAAUGCUCCCUCAAACAACCGUCAACUCCGUAGAUAUCUCCCCAACCCUACCUGUGAAUGGAAAUUGCCAACUUUUUAAUUUACCCAAUAUCACUCUUCCUACGGGUUCAUCAAUUUUACAAGCGACAGACGCAUCUGUGUGUAGCAAUGUGCUGCGUCUCUUGUCAAUCUUUAACGGUGGAUCAAUGGAUUUACAGAAUACAGGAGGUAAUUUGCCCUCAUUACUCGCUAAUGCGACUUCAACGACAACUACCACCUCUCAGUCCUUGCUCCCUGGAGUGUCGUUACCAACUCAAGCAUCACAACAACUACAGCUGCCGACUUCUUUUCCCUCAUCAUUAACAGACACACACAAACUUCAACAGUUUCUGGCUGCUACUCUAGCCACCGGGAACAGCACGACAAACUACUCUUCUCAGAAUCCUCUAAAAAUUGUGAAUUUUGAUCCAUCCACCUCGACUGUUUCCUCGCCAAUGAUAGCCUUGGCUACUUCCACCCAGUCAACUCAGUCAUCAGCUCCAUUAACUCCCGAUCAGAUUUUAGCUGCUCUUUUGGCAGCUGCUGGACAUCCCACUCCUGCUACUGUAAAUCCCGGAGGAGGAUAUAUUAAUCCUACUCAAAUUUUGACUGGUCCCGCUUCUGCAACCGAAUUAUUAAAUAAAUUGUACAGUUCAAUAAAGACAGAGUCGACAACAGAGGCAAAGCCACCUAUUUCUUUACCUACAACUACUUCCACACCAGCUUCCCAAUUUCAGCCCUCAACACCAACCCAAGUGACUUCCAAACCUCUGGCGGGAACAGUUCAAACUUCUAAUAUGGUUACUUCUACGCCGUACAGUACUCGCGGUGUUCGAAAUAAUGAUGGAAGUACUGAGAACUGCAAGGUUUGCGGUGAUGUUGCAUCGGGUAAGCUAAUUAUCCCUCUAUUUAUAUAA